CAACGGGCGGCAGACGAGACAUAUAACCAGCAGCCGCAGCAGCUUUUACCCACAAACUGUGUGAGCGGAAGGAAACUCAUUUCAGAACGUGUGCGGUAUAAAAUCUUCCACUUCCUCAAGCUGACCACUGAUGCUGCAGUGAGCAUGAAGGUAACGUCUCACAUCGGCGCUCCAUCUCUGCUGGUGACCCACACUUCAGAAGACACGGCAGCAGGCCCGACUCUGGUUCCCAGGAAGGGGGACGGGUUUGACGAGCAGAGGAGGAGGAGGCAGAGACCAAAAGGAGACAGGCGGCGCAGCAGCGAGGGCAGACGGCGGAGGGCGGCCGACAGCAUGGACUUGAGUCUGCUUCAAGCUCUGGAGCGAGAGAAGGUCCUGGAGGUUCUGCGGAGAGACAAGCAGCUGCGGAUCAUCGAGGAGGACAGGAUCAGGAGGAUCAAAUGCGACCUGCAGGAGCUGCGGCGCCGAGGCGCCAAGAGCUCGGCCCGGCAGUACGGCGAGCGGACCUGCGCCCGGUGCCAGAGGCCCCUGGGGAAGCUGUGGAACUCGGGGGCCGUGUGCCUCGGCUGCAGCCACCGCAUCUGCAGCAAGUGCCGCGUGGGCGUGGGAGCGGCGGGCUGGACGUGCACGGUCUGUCACGCCUACAGGGACGUGAAGAUCAGGUCUGGAGACUGGUUUUUAGAGGAACGGGCAAAGAAGUUUCCAGUUACAGGUAAAUACGAGACGGCUGGAGAGACGCUAUUAAAGAACUACAACGUGCUGAGCCACAUAUCGGUCGUGCCUCCGACUCCUCCUCCGCACCUGGACCACUUUUUCAGCAGACCUGGGGAUUUCAAACACUCAAAGCCUUUCACCAAAUCCGUGGAGAACCUGAUGGUCACCUUCGCCAGUCACAUGAAGAAGAUUGCGUCGCAAAACGACGUGAACGACGACCUGCUGAGAGUGAACAGGGACCGGAGGCCGCACUUCAUCUACAGCACCCAGAAGAGCCUGUCUGACACCGACAUCAGCAAAUGCGGCAUCCUCUCCAAAGUCCCGAGUCUUCCCAACCUGUUCAAGAAAAGCAAAGACAGCGACCACGACGGCUCCUCCACCGGGGGAGAGGAGACGUCCUUCAGCUCCGACGGAGGAUGGAGAGGCAGCAGCAGCAGCAUCAGCACCGAGUGCGGCCUCUCCGACGGCGCCGGCGUCACCGGGGAGCUGGAGCUGGCGGUGGCCUACAACGGCGGCGCCUCCUGCCUGGAGAUCACGGUGGGCGCCGGCAGGAACCUGUCCCACGGCGACGCCAAGAAGAGGAAGUGCCACCCAUACGUCAAGCUCCACGUGUUGCCGGACAGAGGCGGCAAAAUGAAGACGUCGGUGAAGAAACACACCACCGAUCCCGUUUAUAAUGAGGUUUUUAAGUAUCCCAUCGAGCGACAGUCCCUGUUUGGAAAGAGGCUGCAGGCCACCGUGUGGCACGCGGCCGGGACGCUGAAGAGGAAGGCGUUCCUGGGCGAGGUCCUCUUCCCGCUGGACGGCUGGAGGUUCGACGACAGGGACUCCCAGGGCUUCAACUGGUACCCGCUGUGUCCGAAGGCCGAGAGUCCAAAUGGAGGCGCUGUGGAGUAGAAGCUCAGCUCAGCCCCGCGUGGAGGAAUUGUUUAACAAUAACUUAUGGACUUUCCUGCAUUUAUUAUUUUGGUUCGUAUCAAAUGUUGCAAAUGAAUGAUUUUUUUGUGAAUAUGCGUGAAAACACUAGGUAAAAAGUCGUUAUUUAUUCUUUCUAAUAUAUAUUCUCAAACCAAAGAGAACACCAAACAAUAAAUAUAAAUAAAUAAAUACGCUUUC